UUUCGUGGUUGGUGGUUGUAUAAAAUCUUAUUGAUAGAAAAGUGAUGUUUAAAGUUUUUUAUCGGUUCUCAUCGCUUGAUUAAAAUACUCUUUUUGAAAAUAUAUAAGUAUAGCUAUAACUAUGACUUCUCCUACAGCAGCCGGUGACUCAAAUAAAGGAAAAUCCGUAGCAUAUAAAGACAAAAGUAAACCUAGCGAUGUAAGAACAAGUAACAUUAACGCCGCAAAAGCUGUAUGUGAUGCAAUUCGUACAAGUUUGGGUCCAAGAGGAAUGGAUAAAAUGAUACAAGCUGCAAAUGGUGAGGUAACUAUAACUAACGAUGGUGCCACAAUUUUGAAACAAAUAAAUGUUAUUCACCCUGCAGCGAAAAUGUUGGUUGAGUUGUCUAGAGCACAAGAUGUUGAAGCCGGUGAUGGAACUACAUCUGUUGUAGUUAUCGCAGGGGCUUUACUUGAUGCUGCUGAAAAAUUAUUACAUAGGGGCAUUCAUCCGACAGUUAUUUCAGAUUCAUUUCAGAGGGCUGCGCUUUUAGCCGUUGAGAUUCUAAAUGAAAUUUCCACACCCGUUGAAAUUACCAACAGAGAGCUUUUGAUUAAAAGUGCUUCAACUUCCCUCAAUUCCAAAGUAGUAUCACAGCAGUCUAGCCUGUUGGGUCCAUUGGCAGUAGAUGCCGUUCUUAAAAUUGUCGAACCAGGUCACGAGCAGGCUUGCAACCUUUCCGACAUUAAAGUCAUUAGACAAUUAGGAGGAACUGUCGAAGACACCGAAUUGAUUGAAGGACUUGUCUUCUCACAAAGAUCUGCGAAUGUAUCUGGCCCAAAGAGAAUCGAAAAGGCCAAAAUUGGAUUUAUACAGUUUUGUAUUUCCCCACCGAAGACUGAUAUGGAUCACAACGUUAUUGUGUCGGAUUAUGCCGCAAUGGAUAGAGUUCUCAAGGAAGAAAGAGCAUAUAUCUUAAACAUAGUGAAACAGAUCAAAAAGGCUGGUUGUAACGUUCUUCUGGUUCAAAAAUCAAUUUUAAGAGAUGCCGUGUCAGAUUUGGCCUUACACUUUUUGGACAAAAUUAAGUGCAUGGUGAUCAAGGAUAUCGAAAGGGAAGAUGUGGAAUUUGUCUGCAAAUCUCUAGGUUGCAAGCCUAUCGCUUCUUUGGAUCACUUCCUCCCUGAAAACUUGGUAACAGCUGACUUGGUCGAAGAUGUUGGUGUAGGUGGCAACAGAAUGGUUAAAAUUACUGGUGCUCAAAAUGCCGGAAGGACCAUCACCCUGCUCGUCAGGGGUUCCAAUAAGUUGGUUCUUGAAGAGGCGGAGCGUUCCCUGCAUGACGCUCUUUGCGUGAUACGUUGUCUUGUUCGUAAAAAAGCUCUCAUCGCUGGGGGCGGAGCACCGGAAAUUGAGGUUGCGCUGAAACUAGCCGCUCGUGCUAAUAACUUGGAGGGUAUCGAUGCAAUUUGUACAAGGGCUUAUGCUGAUGCUUUAGAAAUCAUACCAUUCACGUUGGCAGAAAAUGCGGGCCUCAAUCCCAUACAGACUGUAACCGAAUUAAGAAAUAGGCAUGCCAAAGGCGAAACCUCGGCUGGUAUAAAUGUUAGAAAAGGCGCCAUUACAGACAUUCUGGAGGAAAACGUCGUUCAGCCACUGCUGGUCAGCACGUCCGCUCUGAGUUUUGCUACAGAAACCGUCAGAUCUAUACUGAAAAUUGAUGAUAUCGUAAACACUUUCACAUAAACUUGGGAGGUCUAGACAGCAUUUAACUUAUUUUCUCGUUUAACCGCUAAUCAUGUUAGCUUUAAUCCUAUUUAGCUUUGUUACAUUAGUGUAUUUGGAAUUACAUUUUUCAUAAAUAAAUAGUAACACAUUA